UUCCACAACUUCUAUGUAUAUUAUUUCAUUGCACUUUCAGAAAAACUACAAAUGCGGGUCAUAUGAUCCAGUGGUCACGUGAUUUGUCUUUUGAAAUCUGUCAGCUGACAGCACGGCGGAUACGUAAAGACGUCCGUCCGUGGACGGAGGCUUAGGGGAAGAAGUCUUGGUUGUUAAGGUUCCUGGUCUCCCUGGAAACAGAUUGGUGUUUGCCUCCACUGGUCUAGUGAAUCGGGUCUAUGAUGAUGUCAGACGGUUCAGUGACGCUGGUGCUAAUGGCAUUAAAAGGGCUCUGAAAGCUGGCAUGCAGCGCCCUCUGCUGGUUUGUCCUCCACACAACAGCUAUGCCAGAAACACCUUAGUGGCCGUGCUGGGAGCCCUGCAAGCUCUCUAUGUGCCUUUAGAGGUGAGAGAACUGAAGUUAUCCCUCCAUAAGGUGGCUAUGUUGGGCAUCUGGGUGGAAGAUAAGUCGCAGGGAGCAGACAUUACUGAGCUGGCCAUUGCCCUGGAGAGUGGCAGGUUUGUAUAUUGGGAUAUUGGUGGCUCUGACCCAGAGCGUAUGGCUGCCCCACGUGUAGCUGAGUAUGUUCAAGCAGUCUUCAAGGACAGUCCUGUAAAGGUGACUGUAGUGAGCGAUUUGAAUACUUUGGAGAAAGAGUAUCCCUGUUUGGCUGCAGUAAACCGCUGUGCUAACACUGUGCCACGUCAUCAGGUCAGAGUGAUCAAGCUGCUGUACUGUGGUGAAGGACUCAUUCAACAGACUCUUAUGAUGGUCGGCAAGGGCGUUACAUAUGACACGGGUGGAGCUGACAUCAAGGCUGGUGGAAUCAUGGCUGGAAUGCACAGAGAUAAAUGUGGAUCUGCUGCUGUUGCUGGCUUCUUCUAGAUCCUAGCCAAACUAAAGCCCAAACACCUGAAGGUUGUGGGCGCAAUGGCAAUGGUGCGGAACAGUGUUGGUUCUGAUUGUUAUGUAGCGGAUGAAUUGGUGGUGUCUCGUGCCGGUCACAGAAUCAGAGUUGGAAACACUGAUGCUGAAGGAAGAAUGGUCAUGGUGGACUUGCUGUGUGAGAUGAAGGAGCAGGCAUUACGGGAACUUUUUCCCCAUCUCUUCACGAUUGCCACUCUCACGGGACAUGCUAUCAGAGCCAUGGGACCAAACUACUCUAUCAUAAUGGAAAAUGGUCCUGCUCAACGCUCAGGGAACGCACUGCAGUUGCAGAAAGCCAGAGAAGUUCUUGGAGAUAUGUUUGAGGUGUCCACCAUUCGUCGAGAUGAUUACGAGUUCCACAAAGGGAAGUCUGAGUACGAGGAGAUCCUGCAGUCAAAUAACCUCCCCUCUUCUGCCACACCACGCAGACACCAGACACCUGCUGCCUUCCUCAUCAUGGCCUCUGGACUAGAUAAGCAUGGACUUGACUCAGACAAACCUCUGCCUUAUUCCAAUAUCGACAUUGCUGGAUCCAGUGGCCCCUUCCCUGGAGUCCCAACAGGUGCCCCUAUCCUUGCCAUGGCAACAAAGUACCUGCAGCUCUAAAUAUCCACCCAUGAUUUUGUCUGUUUUGGUGUAAAGCCAGUUCUCUGAUUAAUGGCUUUCAUUUCAGUCUUAAUCUGCUAUGUCGAAUGCACCAUGUUGAUGUAAGACAGAGGAAAAAUAGGGGCAUUUGCUCAGUAUAUCCAUCAUUGUAAACGCCGUCCAUCUUUUCAUCUCCCUAAUAACUCUCCAUAUAUGCCCUUAAAAAAAUCUUUUCACAUCCUUGAAAACAUCUACACUCCUCUGUAACACACAGACACCCAUUGUUUCACAUUUUUAAGUCCUGUGCAGGCUCUCCAAAUCAGCACAAUUUACCAAAGUGUUUUGUUUCUGUUCUUAAUCUGUAGCUUUACUGUUUUCUCACGUGGUCUUGUUAAAGAGAGGGUGAGGAGGAUUAAUUUUUUGGCAAUAUUGAUAUGAGAAAUAAUACAUAAUGUGUGAUAACUGAAUGGUUUUACCAUAUGUAUUUUGUACAAGUAUAGUUUGUGUGACCAGAAUUUGACAAUAAAAACAUAA